CUGCUGCGGAAACCAGCUCCAGCGUCUCCUCCUCCGGCCCCAACCUUGGAACCCAGCGAGGCAGCGGAGACACCUCACCUGUCCUCCUGGAGCCACUCCGCCGCUGUCCCCUGGGGCCAGGCUGCGGGAUCUCCGCGCUGCUCCGCCGCUGUCCCGAGGGAUUUGCAGACAAACCUGGGUCCGGCCGGCGGGGAGACACCAGCGGCUCCCACAGGCGGCCGGCCGAUCGGCUGGAGAUGCUGCCUGCAGGGGAGCCCUGAGCAGGUGCUGCUGCUCAUCUAACAUGGCAGUGUCCCUGGGUGCCAGCCAAGCCCUCCAUGAAACACUGGGGUUGCCAUCCCAGGAGCAGCCAGAGUGCCGUGCUGUGUCCUGCUCGGAGGACUUUGUUUAUGGGGAAGAGGAUUUUGUUCUGUGUGGGGUUGGGUGGUGGAGAAGCAGGUCAGAGGGGCCAGCAAGCCGCACCAUGUCUCGCUUUGACAGAGCUUUGCAGUCCGGUUGGGAGGAGAGGAUGAAGCUGGGUUUGUUCAGGUAUCACCUGGGGGAGCUGCAGACCCGUAUCUUGCCAGGGAAUGUCCGGUUUGUGGCCCAGCUGAACAUCCAGAGAGGUCUGGAGAGAAGGAAACCACAGGACAUCCAGAGUGUCAGGCAGAAAUUCAACCCCCAGCAAUUCCACUUCAAUAAGAUCAAACCAGGGGAAAUCCUCUUCCAUAUGGUCAGGGACUCAAGUCCCCACCCUCCCAGCAGAGGGUGCUCUCAGUUCCAAGGGGGCCUGCCGGAGUCGAAAUUCCCAGGGAUACCUGACCGCAUCCUAGUGGUGAUUAAUGUCAGCCCCUUGGAGUUUGGACAUGUGCUCUUUAUUCCAGACCCCACUCUCUGCCUGCCUCAGAUUCUCACCCAGGAGCUGCUCCAGUUCGGGCUGGAGUCGGUUCUUCUCAGUGCCCACCCAGGCUUCCGCGUUGGGUUUAACAGCCUGGGAGGCUUCGCCUCGGUCAACCACUUGCACCUACAUGGGUUUUACCUGGAUUGGGAGCUCCUGACUGAGACUGCCCCAGGUGAACCCCUGUGCCCCACACUCAACUUCCACUUCCUGCGGGGGGUCCCGGCCCCAGGGUUCCUGUUCUACAGUGAAGGGGAGGACCUGGGGGCCCUAGCGCACAAUGUCUGCCAAGUCACUGACUACCUGGUGGAUAAAGAGAUUGCACACAACGUGUUUGUGACCCGGGGAACUGCUCCUGGGGAGCCAUCCCACUCGGAGACCCGCUCUGGAAUCCGGGUGCUCAUCUGGGCCAGGAGGUCCUGCUUUGGGUCCAAAGGGGAAGCUGCAUUUAAUGUGGCACUUUGUGAGCUGGCUGGGCACUUGCCCAUCAAAACUGCCGAGGACUUCCAGAGCAUUACGGAGACAGAAGCCAUUCACAUCAUCCAGAGGUACCUCCUCCCUGAGCCGCAGCUGUCACAGCUCCGAGGCCAGCUGGUGACACUUCUCACAGAGUAACCAGACGGGCUCUGCACUGCACACGGCGUCGCACUUUCUGGGGUCAAGUCUCACUCUUGCGUAUUUUGUAACUGCUGUAGAAUAGUUCAUUGGGGCAGUCGGGGAGCAGGGCGUGACUGGAUUUGCCUCCAGGAUCCAGCAUGGAGGCAACCUUGCUGUUUGAACCACUGUCCCCGUGGGCACUGCAGACUGGACCCUCUGGGACACUGACUGACCUGUUGUAGCAUCAUUGGCAACAAACGAAGGAAGAUCUCCAUGGUGGGCUUUGUCCUUAACCUCACUUGCCCCAUGUGAGUUUAAGUGGGGCUCUGCGGUGUGCUGGGAGUGGGAGAUAAAGCGGGGGUGUGACCCCCCCCAAGUUCCUGAUCUAGUUAAUGAUUGAACUGUUGGCUUGUUUCUGGUGAAUCAGCCAAUAAACCCCACCUUUGGAAAUACCGCAGCAUCACGCAG